GUCACGACGCCCCCCGUUUCAACACCACCAGACGGCCCUGGGCAUCGUUGACCGAGCCUCCAGUUCAGCUCCAUCGCGCCUGUUGACUGUUGAACGACGACUCCAUCUCCGCCUUGAACGCCAUACUCAUCCAGCCCGACACCCACGGCCAACUGCUCACAGUCACUCACUUCGACCACUACGCACCCGCACCGCCGGACCAACCCACGCCCGCAAGGCCUUGCAUGUGUCCACGCCUCGGUGUAUAGGACUCCAGUGCGACACACACAAAUCGGGAACAUCGACCCACGCGCACUACUAACCAAACCAGCACAUCACCACCAUGGUCUACAUCAGAUUCGCCUCCGUCUUUGCGGCGGCCUCGAUGGUCAUGAUGGCCGCCGCUGCGGAUGAACAGCCGACAGCAACCAAGAUCAAGAACCCCAUCACCACACCAACAGUCACCCUGCCAGCAAGUGCCAUGACCAGCAUCGGUUGCUUUGAGACCUCAACCCCACUCGAGAACCACGGUCCAUACGGUUUCCAGUCGCCUGGUAACUGCCAACUCGUUUGCCUGGAGCAAAACAAGGACGUCAUGGGCCUGUCCAACGGCAAGGAAUGUUGGUGUGGUGACGAGAUACCCGCCAAAGAUUGGCAGACUAAGAACGAGACAUGCGGUACCCCCUGUGCCGGCGACGAUACGUCGCUAUGUGGUGGAAAGAACGUCUUGUGGGUCGUUCUCACAGGAAACACUCUGAACCCGGUCGACUAUUACGAGCCCGACGUGUCCAGCAGCAGCUCAGCAGCACCAAAGCCGUCGUCUGCUGCGCCAACAUCCACCGCUGCCGCCCAAGCGUCGGCCACUCCAUCCGAGGCGCCCAAGGAAGACGAAGACAGCAAACCAAACACAGUCGCCAUCGCAGUGGGUGUAGUCGUCGGCAUACUAGCCCUUGCCUCCAUCAUGUUUGGUGUAUGGUUCCUACUGCGCCGGAGACGUCAGCACCAAGCAGAAGAAGACUAUCGUCGCAACGCCGCCAACGUGAAUGCUUUCGUCAACGGUGGCAAGCUACACACCAGCAACUCGUCCAUGAACGACUCUCGUCUGGACCCAAGUUUCGUUGACCGGAGGCAGAGCAACGGCAGUAUUGCAGACAACGAGGACUACUCGAGGCGGAUAUUGAAGGUUACCAACGUAUAAGUGCCUUAGCCAAGGCAAUUAGCGCAACACGUGCGCUCUUCACGUCGACCCUUUUACACGACUGGCGUCGCUGACGAACACCUCAAUACCCCGACCACGCAUACACCUAAUCUCCUUCAUACAUGUCUCGCACCACGAUGCGCGCGAUCACGCUUUGACGACGAGAGUAAGA